CUGCAGCUGGGCGUGGUUCAAAAAGGCGAAAAUUAUAAAGGGCCCCAAGUGUACGUUUCACAUUGGAAUCCUCAAUCCUGCAAGAUGGGCAACAAGGAGGGUAAAAAAGAAAGCAAACUCCGGUGGUGCAUGAAGGCACCCCUUAGAGUCCUGAUAAAGAUGAGGGACUUCUACAUCCAAGGCAUGAAUGAAUGCUCCGGACGCUUGGACUACGGCAUGCCCAUGGGCGUCCCCACCCCACAAAUAUCCACUCUCCCUAAGAGCUUCAGCACCAACGGCACCAGAUCCACCGCCAACAAUGAAGAUUUCCGGGAACUCAUGAGGGCUGCCUCUACAAGAAGCCUUGGCAACUACAAACUUCACCAGGUUGCAAAGUCUCCCACGACGGCUGCACCACCUGAUAACUUCUCCCGGAGCCGUAGUGUUGGGUUUGGGAUGAUCGAUGAAGACAAGCCGUGUGAUUUUGGAGAAGAUCAUAUCAAGGUCAACACAGAUGUAUAUCCAAGAAGCAGAAGCUAUGCUGUCAACAGGAGAGGAACUAGGGUGUUCUAAGCAACAAGGUUGUCUCUUGUCUCUCGUACGUUUUGAUCAUAUGUAGUUAAUAUUUGUUUCUUCGUUUGUUUUUUUUUUUUUUUUUGUUAUUUCUUCAAGUAUAAUAUUUAUAUAUAUAUUUGCCAUCACUUGUGUUGUUCAUGAUGUU